GGCCCACUUGGAACCUCAUCAUUAUUGUUUAUCAAAAUCCAUUCUUUUUUUAUUCAUUCAUCAUUCAAUCCCAUUAAUCCCACACUAAUUCUAAACCAAGUAACCAACGCUUCGUAAAUCCACAAUCCCUUCUUUUUGUAUCCCCAAAAUUUUCACAAAUUUUAUCGGAGAAACAGCUACGUGUCAAAAUCCCCAGCUGUUUUUGACCCAAUUGAUGUUUAUGUCCCUUUUCUCCUUCUCUGAUGAUAAUAUAAUAAAUUAAAGAAUUUUGUUGAUUGCCCAAUUUGCUUUCUUGCAAAAGGAAGCAACUUUGAUUGGUUUUGUUUCAUGCAAUGGAGUUUUUCAAUUAUGGGUGCCACUAAGCUACAAGAAAAGUCUUCUUUCACUUGCACACAAUUCUCACACAACAACAAGAAGAAGGGAGGCAAGAAGAGGAUUCCAAGAAUUGGAAACUCUAGAUUUGAUAUCCCCUAUUUAUUAUUCUUGCUGGUCUACAGCACAAGAUUGAUGCAAUAAAAGGACCUCUUUAUUGGCUGAUUUUUUCGGGGAGUGAAUCGAGGUUGAGGUUUAUUGAGUAGUCUUGUAGAAUAUGGAGUCUACACACCAACCACCAAGUGUAAUUUUAAAAUUGAUGGGUCUUGAUAAAGUGUCUCCCCGCGAACCUGUUCGAGAUAAACCGAAAGUGCUCUCUGAAGACUACCUGCAGAAAGUUGCAUCCAUUGGUGUUAGAAAGAAGCGUCCAUCACACCAGCAUUGUUCCCUUGGAACGGGAACUGAUGAAGAAAUGGAAGAACCUGAGGGCAUUUCUAGAGUGGUCAAAACAAUAAGGAGAGAUAAGCAUCAUAAUCCGUCGAGGGAAAUUGGGAAAGAAAAUCCAUACUUUUUGGGAACAAAGGCGAAGUGCUCGCCACAACAACUGCUUAUGGAUGCUUCAAAUGUGAAUCAGGGAAAGCUCUCGCAGAAAGAUGUGCAUGAACAUGGAGAGGCUGGAUUGUAUGAACUACUUAGGCUUCCAAAAUCUCAAUUGGACAUGAAGGGUGAUACUUUCAACUCAGCUACUUCAAAGGCGAAUUCUAGAAAGGAGGGAAAUGGAGUUUUAUUUCCGAGUUCCUGCAAAAAUUCUCGUUUGGCUAAUGGAAUGCUCCAAGAGGUGUUUUAUCCUAAAACCAUGAGGGUAUAUCCUGAAAUGAGAGAGACAAGGAAAAUUUCUCGCGACGAUGAUUUUGGUAAGCAGAGUUCUAGAUCUUUUUGUAAAAUUUCGGAGAAUGUUUCUGUGCAAGCUGGAAAUGCUACAAAGAGAGUUUUAGGUACUGUUCCAGGGAAUGGAACAACAAACAUGAAUAAGCAAAGUCGCUUUGGUAAUGUUAACAUCAAAACAAACCUCAGGUGCAAGGUUGAUGGUAAGCAUAGUCGUGUUAGAAAAGUGGAUCUUUGUGGAUCUUCACUUAUUGCUGAUAAUCACAGAUCCAUCACUGAAGAUAACCUUUUUGAGAAAUACUGGGGUUUGAGGAAGAGUUCAAAAAAUUCGCCUCCACAGAAGUCAAGGAAUCAAAGUAUCAACCAUAAUGAUUAUUCAGAAACUAUGGACCUUAGGUCCAGCAGUGAGAAAUCCCAAUCUUCUUCCUCUUUUUCGGAUAAUAAUCAUAUUAAAGAGAAUUAUGCUGGCCUACAUAAUCCAACCAUGCAGCAAUGUGAAUCAACGGGCUUACCGGGAGACAAUGAUGCUUUGAGUCACAGUUCAUCUGCUUCAACACAACAGGAUGCAUCAGAACUUCAAGAAGAUUCUGCAUCUUCACUUUUAUCUGGAACUGACCCAGACUCUCUCGGUAGCUCUGAGGAUUCCUGCGAACCAAGUCCGAUUUCAGUCCUAAUGAACCCCUCAUUUGGAAACAAAACUUCAUUUAAUUUGAAGACUUCUGGCACUGAUGUAUAUGACUUCUCUGAGGUUGAUGAUGAUGAAGUAUUUGCCUUGAAUAUUUCAAGUGAUGAAGAGUGUGGAGAUAAAUCUGUUACUGGUGAAUAUGAAGAGAAGAAAGACUUAGUAGGAUCAUUCAGAUCCGAGGAGAGUCGAGAUUUCUCCUAUCUUGUUGAGGUGUUAACCGAGGUGGGUGCUUUAAACAGGAGCUUGUUUACUGACUUCUCUACAUGGCACUCUGCAGAAUGCCCUAUUAGCACUUCAGUUUUCGAAAACCUUGAAAAGAAAUUCGGUGAGCAGAAAUUUUGGAAACGUUCCGAAAGGCGGCUUCUUUUCGACCGAAUUAAUGCAGGACUAUCAAAGAUUAUGCAGCCAUGUUCAGCAUAUGUCCCAACAUGGGAAAAGCCAGUGGCGAGAAGGUUGAGUGCGGAACUAAGCGACAACAUGAUCGAGGAGGAGAUAUGGUGGAUGCUUGUUGCUCAGGAGAAGAAAGCAAUUAAGGAUUCAGCAGAUAAUGAUAUGCUUGGAGGUGAAAUUAGUUGGAUAGAGUUAGGUGAAAAUAUUGAAGAUAUUGUUAGAGAGAUAGUUAAGUUGUUAAUAGAGGAUCUUGCACAAGAGAUGGUAGAUAGCUUGGAAAAUUUUUGAAAGGUGUUUGUUUUUUCUGUUUUUUUUUUUUUGCGUGCAGCUAUAGCAUUCGUAUUGUUGAGCUUAAACUGUUAGGAAGAGACAGAUAAAUUGUGGCAGACGCAUAUACAGAAAGAAAGAAAAAACAUGUAUAGGUUGAUUUCGAGUCGAUUUUGAGGGAUUGAUUUUGGAGUCGAUUUUGAGAGAUUGAUUUUGAGUUCUUUAUUUUUUUGAGAGGUUGAAGAAUUUGAAUUAGGUUGUAGGUAAUAGGUUCAUUAUUCAUUCAUAUGGAGUACUAUUGUAUUUCUUUUGUACCUUUUACAAAAAAAGAGAGAGAAAGGAAGUAGUUGUGGAUU